UGGUGCACUAAGAGCAUCUCUCUCAUUGCAGGCGCACAGCUCUGAAUGCCUCCCACCCUCGCAUCACGUUGUUCCCCCUCCUUCCCUACCGGCCACCUCCCUUUUCCCCCCUGGCACACAAAAGAGGAGCAAUUAAAUAGCUUUUAAGUGGAUUUACGCUUUGGUGGGCUUGCGCAUGAGAGAGGUGAAGCAAAGCAGAAAUAUUGGGAAGAAAAAUAUUUUUCAGAGGCGACACUGGAAGCACGGUGAUGCACUGCUGAGGAUCACCAGACGCCAAUCCAUCCAAGACGUGGAAGGUGUGUGGUUGUGUGUCUGGAGAGGUUGUCAAAUGGAGGCCAGGUUGCACGCAGCAUCCGCCAGACCCCAGCUUUGACAGAUUAAGGAAUCCGGCGGCGCCAGAUUAAGGAAUCCAGGAUGGAAAUUAAGCCAGACUGCACUGCCGGUAUUUAGUUGACAUCCAUCCAAGGGAGAGCCACAGAUGUGACCAAGCUCAAUGACAACUUGAGCUUUCCUGGGCUGAGCCAAUCUGUUCUUUACACGCGGCGCAAUGGGGACAACUGAAGCCACGCUACGGAUGGAAAACGUGGACGUGAAGGAAGAGUGGCAGGAUGAAGACUUUCCCAGGCCCCUUCCUGAAGAAGCAGGAAUGGACUCCUUAGGCAGCCCAAAUGAGACCACAUUGUCCCCUCCAAACACGUUAAAUUUUAGUAAUGGGGCGCAUCACAAGCGGAAGACGCUGGUCGCCCCAGAAAUCAACAUCUCUUUGGAUCAGAGCGAAGGUUCGCUCUUGUCAGACGACUUUCUUGACACGCCUGAUGACCUGGACAUCAACGUGGACGAUAUCGAGACUCCAGAUGAAACCGACUCCCUUGAGUUCCUUGGGAACGGGAACGAACUGGAAUGGGAGGAUGAUACUCCUGUGGCCACUGCCAAAAACAUGCCUGGAGACAGUGCGGACUUAUUUGGGGAUGGAGCCGCAGACGGCGGCAGCACCACCAAUGGACGCUUGUGGCGGACGGUCAUCAUAGGCGAGCAGGAGCACCGCAUCGACCUGCAGAUGAUCAAGCCCUACAUGAAAGUGGUGACCCACGGAGGCUACUAUGGCGAAGGCCUCAACGCCAUCAUUGUCUUUGCUGCUUGCUACUUGCCUGACAGCAGCCUCCCCGACUACCAUUACAUCAUGGAGAAUCUCUUCCUGUAUGUGAUCAGUAGCUUGGAGCUGUUAGUAGCCGAAGACUACAUGAUUGUGUAUUUGAACGGUGCCACCCCACGACGGAGGAUGCCGGGCAUCGGCUGGUUGAAAAAGUGCUACCAGAUGAUAGACCGGAGAUUACGGAAAAACUUGAAAGCCCUGAUCAUUGUCCAUCCAUCCUGGUUCAUCCGGACAGUCCUGGCGAUAUCAAGGCCAUUCAUCAGUGUGAAAUUCAUCAAUAAAAUCCAGUACGUUCACACCUUGGAGGAACUCGCCCAUAAUAUCCCCAUGGAGCACGUCCAGAUUCCAGAGUGCAUCCUACAGUUCGAAGAGGAGCGGAACAGAGCAAGGAAAGAAAGGGCAGAAGAGAAACAGGAGGGGGCUGAGAAAGAGAGGCCUGCGCUGCCAGCAGAGGAGCAUGAAACAAGCAUGUCAUGAAGAAAGACCCAGAGAUGGAUUCGUGGACCUAAAGAACGUUGUGGCCUCAUGCAUCACCACUCACCGUCAAAGCCCUUCCUGGUGUGUUAAGACCUCCUGUGACCAUCUCAUCCUCAGCCCCCAACCAAACAAGGAACUGCGUCUACUUCCAAAGUCAACACAAAGACAUCGCGCAAAGGAUCCAGCAAACCAUUUCCAGGAGCUUCAGAUUCUCGGCUCUCUAUCACAGAGUUUGUGAUGCAAACCAUGUUGACAAAGAGACAGUGCGAGGGAACAUUGACGGCACCCAACUCACAAACAGAAAUCUACUUUUUCUACUCUUCUUUCUGCAGGGCAACACAGCGACAUGGGAUUGCAAAGCUCAGAUCCAUUCUUCAUUUCUUGCCACAGAGAUUUUUGCUUUGUGCAUUUACUGGGUGACAGAUAAUUGCCGAAACAAAGCUUCCCUUUUCAGAUGAGGUUUGGAUUGGGGCUUUCCCAAAUAAGAUGGAGCAUCUCCCUCAUUAUUUCUUCAACUAUAUUCUUGGCAAUCUUUUUAUCAUGGAGAUUGUACUGAAGGAUGGCAGGGCAAAUGUUAUGAAGGAGAGUUAGCUUUCCUAAUGAUGGGUUCUCUCUCCACCUUCUGGCUGCCCAAAUUUCAAGAAGGACCCCAACACAAAGCCCUUUUACUCAACCAUCUGUGAGCAGAUACAAAUAUCUUCCCGGAAGGAGGAACGUUCCUGUGGCCUCGUGGUUCUUCAUGACCCUGGACAAUCAUCUGCUAUAUUUAUACCUCCAAACGUACAACUCAAGCUGCUAACACUUGAAAACUGCCCAUAUCUCUUACAGCAAGGAAAAAAGAAAAGGGAGCUUUAUGCAAAUGCAAGAAUGCAAAGUUAGAAAGUAUACAUAUUUAUAAUAGCAAGAUGAGGAAUAGAAUGUGCUUUUCUUUAAUAAUAAUAAUAAUAAUAAUAAUAAUUAACCUUCUGCUCUUUUCCCAAAGAGCUCAGCCCAAGAAACAUAUCGGUUAUCACAAUUUUCCCUCCAAACGGAGACCUUGUUAUUUUAAGGUUGGAAGAGAGAGACGUUUGGGUUUAAGAUACUUCAGUCAUAAGCAUCUUAAUGGAUUUGACUCCAUGCUUUCCAGGAUUUCACUCCAUCCCUUCUACCCCACUGACUUUGCAGGCACAGAAGACACCAACCGAGUCACGCAAAACCAUGUUCAAAUUGGGGUCUGGAAGCUGACUUUGCAUUCAGGCACCCCUUCCAAGAGUAAGCAGGGCAAUGAAACGUGACCAGACCAUUCUCAUCCAUCCCAACCCUAUUAAUUUCAACAUUUCAUGUGCAGAAUUUCACGAGAGGGCGCUGCUGCCCAAAUUACAUUAGCAGCUGGGAUUUCCUUGUGUCUCGAUGCCAGCAAUGCAACAGGAGGUGGCUGCAGAAGACUGGAGGGAACACGCAACAGUUGGCUUACUCAUUCAUCCCCUCUGAAAUGUUACAACCGUCGUCUGGUAUGUCUCCUAAAUACCCUCAAGGCACCAGAUCCUGUCCGAUUUUGGAAGCUAAGCAGGGUCAGUCCUGGUUAGUCCUUGGAUGGGAGACUGCCAGAGAAUACCAGGUGCCAUAGGCUAUAUUUCAGAGGAAGGAGCUGGCAAAAGUACCUCUGAGGGUUCCUUAUCUAAUAAAACCCUAUGGAUUGAAUGGGGUCAUUAUAAGUCAAGAGGAGACUUGAAGGGACAAACACAUCUUCCGCGAUGGGUUUAGGGAUUGUCCACAGGCAAAGAAGAGCCAGCACAGUGUAAUGAUCUGAGUGUUGGACUAGGACUAGGACUCUGACAGACUAGGGUUCGAAGUCAUAUUCUCUCAGCCUCGAAGGAAGGCAAGGGCAAACCUACUCAGAAUAAUAAAUCUUGCCAAGAAAACCCUACGCAGAAGGCCACCAACUUAUACGCAAUGGCAACAACUUGUAAGGAAGCUACAAACAGUUGAAUUAAUUCAUUAAAAUUGCUUUGUGGGGCCGUUAUGAUCCCAGUGUACCAACAACAUUCGUAUCUCCCCACAUCUCUGGUGGGUCCUUCAAGUCCUAGCCUUGUACCCACAUACCAGCGAUGGGAGCAGAAUCCCAUGGGGUAAAAGGCAGACAAGACUUUUGGAUUAUUGGACAGACUUUCCCUUGAUCUGCAAGAACACAGAGUUCCUCCAGUUAACAUCAGAUGCAAAAGAAUGUGGAUAUAGGAUUGCAGGAUAUGGUAACCCUCUGAGGAAACACAGGGCUAACCCAGGACUUUGCUUCCAUUACAAAACUCAAAAUCACACCAUGAUCUGCUCCUGUUUCGUCACCCGCCACCUUCCUUUCUUGAGUUCACCCUCCUAAAUUAAGCUUGAAUGUUUGUUUGUUUUGCUGGCUCUGUUGUUCAAUCUCUGGGGCCUGAAGGCACUUGUUGAUCUGCUAUACAUGACCCAGAAAUCCUUGUGCCACAAGACGAUGACCUAACCUUGAGAGGCAAGGAUUCAACAUUGCUACUAAACUUCUUGAAAAUGUACAGCUCAUAAUUGAAUGCUCCUCUCUCCCUUUUCCUCUCUCUUUCAUGCAUAUGUAGAAAUAUCAAAGAAGUUGCUUUUUGGGGUGAGGAACAUUUGGAAAACUUAAGAGGCCAUCUGAAGCAGUUCCCAGAUGGCUUCAAUAAUAGGACCAUUGAGCCCAAUAGGGGAUAAUCUGACCAGCACCAGAUUUAGGGGUUGUUGGGCAGAUGUGGGAUGGGGGGCUUUUCUUGGGUCUGCUGGUCAAGAUCCAUGGAAGAGGGAAAGCUGGACAUUUGGACAUGGUGCAUUGGAGGCAUGUGCUGUGCCGCACAACUAGGAGAACCCGCAACAUAUCCUCAGGAGUGAUAACUGGCGGAUCCAUAAUAUUGGAAGGAUUGGUGCUUUGCACGUUUUCUUCCAAGAAUGAUAGGGUUUACAGAUUGUGGUUUUCUUGUAUAUAGGAGAACAUAAUUCAUCAUAACCUGAGUUUCUCUUUGCUCUCUUCUCUGUGGACAUGACUCAUUUUGUUGUUACAAGAGGGACCAGAGGUGCAUAUUAGGAAUUAACUGGCUAAAGGGAAACUGUGGCGUAGUCAUUGGACUAUGGCUCCCAUCAUCCCAGACCGUUGGCAAUGCUAGCUGGGAUUUCUGGGAACUAGCCUUCAACAAUGCCUAGAGGGCUAUUAAUCCUGGAUUAAAGACUGGGAAAGUAUGUAUCCUGUCCUGCAUGUGAUGAGAAAGAAUUGGAAACGGGACCCUUUCGCACCAUAUAACCAUAGUACAAUGAUUCCAUUUAUAUGGAAUCCAGGGAUUUGGAAUUUAGAGAGAGGUGUUGAGUAUUCUCAGCCAGAGAGCUCUAGCGCCUUCCCAAACUACAAACCCCAGGAUUGCAGGGGAUGCAGCCAACGGCUCUUGAAGUGGGAUCAUAGGACUAGAACGGUAUCAUGCAAAUGGGUCCUUGUAGUACUACAUUCUUGUAACCAUUCUUUUUGUGUUAAUUAAUGCGUCCUACUCCCCUAAGAGGGCAAAAACCAAUCUUGCCACAGUUGGCAUUUAUUCAAGGCAUGAGAGUCUAACUUGUUCAGUUCAGUCCCGACGGCUGCUCUCCUGUAAAAAUAGAAAAUUCUGUCCCCAUUUGAAGCAUAUCGUACAAUUCCACCAUUCCCAUAUCGAUGCUCCUUCCUCUUGCCUGAGAGACUUUUGCUUCCGGAUGUAGUAUAUAUGCCAGAGAAGGGAUUUUCGAAAGCCCCUGUGUUCUACAUGGACAAAUGUACAUAUAUGUGCUUUUUCUUUUUUCUUUUUGUAUAAUAUAGCAUGCCGCUCUCUCUCCAAGUGAAUUCUCCCAUCACCAGACGAAGGCACAAGAACCACUCCUGCGCACCCACUUUCCCUGUGUUAAAGCGGAGCCCUUCUGACCAAAACAUAACUUGUAAAAUGGUGGGAGACCGUAAUUCUUCGGCAACCGCCCUGUGUUUGUAUUUUAGAUGGUUUAACUCUAGGAAGAUACUUGUUAACUGUAUAUGAUGAUCAUCCUUUUUCUUGCUUUGUUUGAAGCCAAGAAACUCUGUGGAUAUUUAAUUAAAAAUACUGAACCUUC